AACAGUGAGCAUAAAGCUAAAUAAAAGAAAGUAAAAAGAGAGAAAACAAGCUCUCUUUAAUGAGAAGUAAUAGAUAAGAGCCAACCAAGUGGAAAGCAUGACUGAUGGAUAUCACAGGUCUUUUUGGAGCUUUUUCAGUCUGGUUGAAGUAUGUGUGUGGCUUAGACGGACUGAGGAUUACUUUUUUGAAGAUCUAGAUUGUGCAUCAAGAGCAAACAUCCCCUCUGUAUGGCUGUCAGAGCUGUGGGAGUAAGUCCCACACUUAAUUGGUGAAAACAAACAAGGAAAUUGACAGGAGGGCCAAUCAGAGGGGCACAGGGACUUCUGUCUUCUGCUUGAUUUAUAGUCCCGCCCACAAGCAGCAUAUAUAGUGGCAUGGCUGAAGGUCUUCCAGAGCCUUCUGUGUUGUUUCAGUGAUAGCUGAUGCUGGUCAGUGAUCUUUGGGACUUGAAGAGGAUCUGUGACUCUUGCUGUGAAUCGUUUUCUCCUGUGUGCCACCUGUGACUGACAGGUCCUCCCGUGGACUGAGCCUCGUUCCCUUCUCUGACUUUGACUGCUCUCUUACCACUGAGUACAAGUAGGACACUGUCUCUUUAACUCCUAGGAAAGGUUACUCAACCAAAGCAGAGACAAUGACGUUAAACAUUCCCGGUCUAGCUGUCAUGGCCGUGUUUUACCUGAUCAUUUUGGGCACGGGUAUCUGGGCUACCAUGCGGUCCAAAAAAGAGGAGCGUAAGUGCUCAGGAGAUGGUAUGGAGAUCACGCUACUAGCUGGACGAAACAUCAACUUCCUGGUGGGAGUUUUCACACUGACAGCUACAUGGGUUGGUGGUGGUUUCAUCCUGGGCAUUGCGGAGGCUGUGUACAACCCCACACUCGGUCUGGUUUGGGCACUGAUGCCCGUGCCCUAUGUACUGACCUUCUUCUUGGGUGGCUUUUUCUUUGCCAAGCCGAUGAGGGCAAAUAAGUACUUGACAAUGAUGGACCCUUUCCAACUGAAGUAUGGAAACGUUCUCAGCAGCCUGCUUCUUUUCCCUGCUCUUGUCGGUGAUGUGCUGUGGGUUGCACGCACGCUGGUCAGCCUAGGUGGGACAAUGAGUGUGAUUCUGGACCUUCCCUACAUCUACUCCAUUCUGAUCUCAUCUGUGGUGGCCAUUCUCUACACACUGCUCGGAGGCUUGUACUCUGUGGCCUACACCGAUGUCAUCCAGCUCAUUCUCAUCUUUAUGAGCCUGUACAUCUGUGUGCCCUUUAUGCUGACAAACCCUAGUUCAGUAGACAUCUCCGUCACGGCCUACAAUGCCACCUUCCAGCCACCCUGGAUAGGGAAGGUGGAACCAGCUGAUGCUGGAAAAUGGAUCGAUGACUUCCUGGUGCUGGCUUUGGGUGGUCUGGCCUACCAGGCCUUCUACCAGAGAAUCCUGUCGGCCUCAUCCUACAGACAGGCCCAGAUCACCUGCUUCACUUCCGCUUUCUUCUGCCUCAUUCUCGGAAUCCCCUCUGUGAUUGUUGGUGCAGUGGCUGCUUCAACAGACUGGAACAUGACCAGCUAUGGCCUCCCCACUCCUUAUGAGCGAGGAGAGGCCGGGGCCAUCCUGCCCAUUGCCCUGCAGUACCUCACCCCCACCUACAUUUCCAUCAUCGGGAUUGGAGCUGUGGCCGCAGCCGUCAUGUCCUCCAUGGACUCAGCUCUCCUCUCCUCUGCCUCGCUCUUCUCCUCCAACAUCUACAAGAACAUCAUCCGAAAGCAGGCGUCUGACAGAGAGAUGCAGUGGGUGAUCAAGAUCAGUGUGAUUGUGGUGGGCCUAGCCGGCACUGGUUUGACGUUCCUGGACAACAGUGUUCUGGUCUUUUGGAUGGUGGGAGUGGACAUGUCCUACACGAUCAUGUUCCCCCAGCUUGUGUGUGUCCUCUUCUUCGAUCUCUCCAACAGCUACGGAGCCAUGUCUGGCUUCAUUCUGGGGAUUGUGCUGCGCUUCAUGAGUGGAGAACCGCUGGUCAGCCUAGAGGCUGUCAUUAAGUUCCCUGGUGGCCGCAUAGACGACGCAGGCAACUUUGUCCAGUACUUCCCCUACCGUACCUUCAUCAUGGUGUUGUCUGUAUUGACUAUCUUGGGAGUGUCCUACUUCACCUCACUCCUGUUCAGCAAAGGUGUGGUCCCCUUACGUUUCGACCUCUUCAAGAUCAAGGAGCAUGAAAAGGCCUUACAGAGGCCACAAGAGAAGUGUUACAAAGAAGGACAAAAAGUGCCCAGUGUGUCUAAGCAGCUGCUGGAGACCACCAGCUGUUAGAGCGGGUGUCCAAAUCUGGUGAUGAAAGAAGAAGACCCCAGUCCAUCUCUGGUGUUGGACCACUCAACCCACUCACAAUCAAACACAACAAAAAACAAAGCACACCAAAAAUGUCAUAAAAAUAAGAUCAAUAGUCACUGUCCUCUCUUUGAGAUGUACAAACUGAGACUUCUGUUCUCUCCAACUCUUUUCAGAAUACAGACUUUUUUUUAAAGCAAGGUUUACUGAAGAAAGUGGGAACGUGACUACCGAACCUUACUGUACCUCUCGGCCGUGCUGGGAGGAAGUCAUUUGCAGUGGCAUUACAUAUGACACUCUUACUGACAGUUUUGCCUGCACAGUACCUGAUACUUCAUGCAUGUCACUCAGUGUGAAGCCAGUGAGAUUUGAGAUUGAGUCACUCUAAUAUUAACUUCAGCUUGAGCUUUAACAUGUGAGCUUCUCUCACAACUGAGCUGAUGAACAAAAUUUCUAACAUGUAUGGCACAAAAUUUCUUUUUUUGUUAUUGGGUAAUUGCUUUCUUAAUUUUUUUGUUUGUGAGGCAGAACACAGAACAGCCAAGCAAAUGAAACACCUCGAACAAACCCUCCCAGCAGCUCUCCCCAGACAAACCCUCCCAGCAGCUCUCCCCAGACAAACCCUCCACGUCCUCGUAGAGUCUCCACAUUGUUGUGGACUGUUAUUUAAGUGUGCGCUGUGGGACUCUGGCCCUGGAGUUGACAGUGGUCUAAUACAUCUCUCUAUUUACAACAAGGCCCCAGUGAUAGAGGGAGAGACAAGAGACGGUCAGAUAUCCCUACUCACCAUAUGCAGUCAAGAAAAACAUGGCUACAAUAAAGACCAUACACAGCUUCAGAGUAGAGUUUUUGUGUACAGUAUAUGUAGCGUGCCUAUGGUAAGCUGUAGUUUACAAAGGGAUCUUUGUUUCGGUCCCAUCUUUAUUUAUGUUUUUAUAUUCAGCCAAGCUGAUUGGUAGCUAGUGUGUUUAUACAACACUUCAGGCCAGUCAGAGAAGGGCUAUUGUUUAUAUUAUGAAUUGAAAAUGAUACAUUAUUUUUUGUAACUAAACUGUAUCAUGAAAUAUAAUUGUAUAUGCACAUUUAGAUAUUGUGUUGUUUAGAUGAUAAACUGUGAUGCAAUAAUCAGCCUUAGACCUCUCUUUCCACCAAAGUGCUCGACUGUACAGACCUACCGAUUGUACCUUUACUGAUUCUACCUUAAAUGUAACAUGUUAACAGCAAGUUUCUCCUUAUGACAUGUUAUUUAUGUAUCCUCAAGGUGAAAGGCUCUUCUAUUUCUGUAUUUGCUCAUUAUUAGUAAAUGUGAUUAUUUUAA